UUGCUUACAAACCUGAUGAAUUAUGACUAAUUUGAAUCGCCGUGUCUUUAAGCUGCUCUCUGAGUCGAUAAAUACGUCGAGCAAUGUCCACCUUCAGUAUUGAAGGCUUUAGUGUUGAGCUUUAAUUUGCCUCGUAAUUUCCUGACAUUCUUAGUGUCCUUUGCAUUGCAGGUCUAAUCUGAAUAGAACCGUAAGAUCUUGUUUGUAUGUCAUCCUGAAGAUGAACACUCUCAGAUUAGCAAGUGGAUUCUGAUUUAGUUUAAAGACAAUUGAAGAUUCUGAUAGUUUAUCUUUUUUUUCUCUUCAUCUAUCCUUCACUUUAUAAUCCUGCGAUCAUUAACUUCCAUGGUUUAGGUCAGGCUUUCCCUGAGGAUUAAGUGCACUUUUUCCUUUUAGUUGAGACUUUGUGUGUUUCAUGGGUCAUGAAAACUGAAAAAAUCCCUCAGGUACAUGUGGGAAAGUUCCCUUGUGAGUUCAUUUGUGCAAUUCCAUUGUGCAAACAUUUCCCUGGUCACCAGUUUUCGAGAAAAUCGAGUUCAAAGUUGAAUGAUCUUCGAUCUCCUCACACACAGUUGUGGAACUAGAUUUUUCAUGAAACUCAUUUUCCUGAUGUAAUUUUUGAUGGUCAACCAGAAAAUUUACUCACUGUCCCUUCGAUUUUGGUUAAAUCAGCUGCUUUGAGUAUUGGUAAUAACUAGCUGAAACUUAUUUUUCAAUGACAAAAUGAAAGUGAACCAAGAAUUUAUUAUUUGUGGCUUAAGCUCCAACAAAAAUCGAUAUGUUUAUUGAUGAUUUACCUGAUGAUUGCUUGCUAGCAAUAUUCUGCCUAAUCAACACCAUAGAUGAUCUUCUGAUAUUUGUUGAAGUUUGUCCAAGGUGGAGUCGCCUAGUCUGCCAACGGUUACGUAAAGUCAAAUAUUUGAGUGAUGGCUAUCCUGAUAGAGCAAUUUAUCCAAAAAAUACGAUCUUUUAUAAUCAGACGAAUUUUUUGUAUAAAAUCCAACUUUCCAAAUUCCUGCCAAAUCUCAGGAUUCUUGAUAUUCCCGUCCUAAUUUUUGACCGGAGCUAUGGAAAACGUUUUGACCUGGAGAAGCUCAAUUCGACCAAAGGAUUAAUAUAUUUAUUGGAUGGCCAUAAAUUAUCUUAUAUUGACAAGUGCUUUGAAAUGGUUUCGUCUCCACGUUUAGCACACUAUUUCUUGAACUCUCAUUAUGGGUCUAAAUUGAAGCAGCUUCACCUUACGAAUUGUAACUUGGAAGCCUUUUCAAGUUGCGCCAAGUAUUUACCUAAUCUUUUAAGAUUGCAUCUAGAAGAUCAAGAGUUUUGGCUUGAUGAUGUCUCACGUUAUAAAGGACCAAUUCUGGAAAAGGUUGAAAUUUUCGAAUGUAGUGUAACAUCAUUUGAGGAUUCUAACCCUUAUCCUGGUUUCGACAUGGCAGACUAUUUGCCAUCUCUCAAAAGUGCUUUUCAUUAUGUAGAUCGAAGCUCAGUUUUCGUCAAUCAAGAGAUAAAAAAUUAUUACAUGGAAGAUUUGGUUUUGCAAAAUAUGUAUGCCUGCUCUCCGAAUUGGAACACGAUCAAAGGAAUACUGAGAAAAUAUCCCAAUUUGAAACAUUUGGCUAUUAGAAGUAACAUUGAGUCUAUUAUCGAAGAUGCACAUAUUCCAGAGAUAAUUCGGAUGUUGCCGCAAAUUACUAUUAUUGAUGUAAGAAACUCCAAAAAGAUUACUGACAAAACUAUCAGGUUUAUUGAUGAACAUAAUAAACGGAAUAAGCCGAUCUCAUUCUACUACAAAACUGAACAACGUUUAGAGAUAGACUGGCCUCAGUUUUCAGCAGAGCGCAAGAAGAUAUGUCAAGGGCUAGAUUUCAUGAAAAAUUGUUUCCUGAAACCAUUUGAUCAUUUACCAUGCCUGAUGGAUCCUCUAGACGACAAAUAAAAUUAACCGUAAUUUCUCAUCCAAUCUACUACUUCCAAGAUGUGAAAUUAGACAUAUUUUUGCGUUAUAAUUUGUUUUUUUUGUUUCUAACUUUCCUUACUCAUUAUCGAUAUCGAUCAAAAGGAUUGGCGAUGAAUCGAAAUCUAAGUUUAAAAUCAAUUCAACUAAACUUACAAAAGCCAUAUGGUAAAACUUAUGUAACCAAUAAGUUAAUAAAUUUCAUUUCAUUUUUUUCUUAUUUCAAA